AUGUUUUAUCGACUGCUGGCGGUCCCCGCUCGUUACCGUCGAUUUAGUGCACUUUCCCGUCUGCGGAACGAAGCCCUGCCGCUUACCUCCGAGUCCCAACAGUACGACCAGGAAUACCGCGUGAUUGAGCUUUUGAAAAGCAUCAGUCCCAAGCCGGUGCCCAAAUCAGAGUUUCCCUACAAGGAGGCCGCAAACCGGUCGAAACGGUCGCUUUUGCCACGUGUGCCCGAGUUGAACAAGCAGACCGUCAACAACUACGUCCAUGAGCUGACCAACUACACGUAUGCCCCCGGAACUCAUAAGCUGAUCAGAGAACUGCUGACGCAGAUCGUCGAUUCGACACCAGAGCUACUCUCCAAACAGUCUUAUUUGGACAUCGUGCAAGACCUGCAUUUUUAUUUAGACGAUCCUGCAGCGGAGCAGACCAUGGACCGUAUGGAGGAGUCCACGGCGUUCAAACGAGACAUCGACUUCCACAACGUGAUGUUGGCCUUUUCAGUGGCUAAAACCACCUACGAUGACAAAAUUGAGCGACUCCAAAAACUCAAAGAACAAGGGGUCGGUGCAAACGCCAACACGUGGUACUAUCUCUUCCGUGCGCUCAGAACAAACUCCAAACGGUUCGAACUGCUAGAACUGAUGCCGGAGUACGGCAUCGACCAGGAACCGGUGUUUCGUAGCGCAGUCCACAGCAUGUCGAGAACGUGCGGAUACGAUGAGCUGAUUGAAUUCUACGAAAGAAACGGCUAUAAUCUCGACAACAUCGACACUUAUCUCAUGAACAAGCUCUGUCGGGCCUGUCUGAACGAGGACAACGUUUAUGAAGCGUUCGAGCUGGUGCACGGUAUGCACAUGUCAAAUCGAGCCCUGGUCAACCUAGGAACUUUCUCGGCUUUCAACACAUACUUCCUCAACAGAAACGAGAUCUACAACUGCGUUGCGUUCUGCCACAAGUUCCAGCACCAAUUCAAAAUGAAAGCGAGCCACAUCCUUGCAUACGAGCUCAUUGACAAAUAUUUGACUAAAUGUACAUAUUUCGAGCACUGGCCGCAACUCACGCGGUACAUGGUGCAUAUUCUCACGCACAACACAGCACACAAGAACUUUCUCCAAGGUAGACAUUUCAAACUUCUGGCAAACUACGCUCGGAUCCACGGACUUCAAGACUUUGUGUGCAGAGCAGUGGAGCCUGAAGACUUGGCGUUUGGCCAGGAAAUGUGGAAGAAACUGCAUUGGCCUAGAAAAAUGAUUCCGUCGUCGUUAGACCAAAAUAGCAAGGAAUUCAUCGAAAUGGCCAAACUCAUCUCACCACCCCUAGAAACGGACAUGGACCUAAACCCAUCAGAUAUAUUAAAGUCUAGCUAG